AUAGCUACAUGUGGAUCUACCCUGCUCACAACAAAGGCUUGAACAGUAAACUGGAAAGUGAUCUUGAUUUUAGACCUGAGAAAGUCAUCGAAACCAUUGUCAACGUUCUACGCAAGCCUCAAAUGCAGAAGGAAGAAAGCACCUUACUUUUAAACCUGGUCCUUCAUUUUUCAAAAACCGUCAAUUUUACCACUUAUCAGAGGCUCAUAGAUGACUUGAUACUGGUUUUGAAGGAGAAGGAACUCUCACAAGGUAAAAUAGUUCCAAAGUAUAAGUCUAAAAUCAUUUGGAAGUCAUCCACCGCCAUUUGCAAGGAACAGGCCUCGUCCUCAAAGGAAACUGAUUUUCGAUUUUACACUUCCCAGCGAGUUGCCCUCUUCAACGCUUACUCCGUGUCAGCCAUGUGCAAAGCAGGAUUUGAAGUCAUAGACGUAUAUUCAUUGACCGAUUCGUAUCCACCUAGAUGCGUGGACCAUGUUCAUUACAAACCGAAAGCUUUUCAUAUGGUGGAGACAAUGCUUGAGCAGUACAAAGUACACUACAACAAGAAACUCGACGAAAAUGAAAAACAUGGUAAAAUAAAACGAUGUGUAAGUACAGAAAACGUCUGACAGCAUAGGUAGGACAGUUGGAAGGUACGUUUUUAAACUGGCACCAAGCAAUUUCGGUGGAGCAAGGUUUUGAAAGCUUCAAGCAAAGUAGGAGCUAAAUUGAAAGAUGUAAGGAAAAAGUCAGGCAUGUUUAUUCGCUAUUAAGUCGUCAAUCGAAGAAAACUUUGUAAUAGUUUUCCAUUUUAUUUCAAUUUCCACAAAUGUCACUGAAGCCGUGUAUCAACUUGCUACACCUCGUCCCUUUCCCCUUUUCGCCGCCUCUGUUUCUAGUCACAGCUUCAAAUGUCGUAGAAAGAAUGCAGUUGUUUAUCGAGGUAAAGUACAAUAAUAAUAAAGUUGUCUCGUUUGUCU